AUGCCUCUACCCAACGUCCCCAAAGCCUACGUCCCCAGGGACACCAGCACGCUGAAAAUCCCCCCCGUGAAGCGCCUCGAAUUUAAGACCGAGUACCUCUUCACAUACGUUAUGGAGCUUCCCGAGGAUGAUCCUCCCUUCAUCAUCGGCAACAACCCUGACGGAAUCUCGAUGAUUAUCACGGAGCGAGGCACGCGGGUUUCUGGGCCUCGCAUCAAUGGGAGCUUCAUCCGCGAGGGAAACGACUAUGUCACGCUUCGCCCUGACGGAAGCUCGAUCCACGAAGUGCGUUGUGUGAUUCUUACAGAUGACGGAGCGCGCAUCAAAUUCACGUAUGUUGGGAAAGGGUCCUUUGGGCCGACGGGCUACCAUGACGUCCUCAACGGGAAGAUGCCGGAGAAGGUGCGGAUUCGCUGUGGGCCGCACAUGCAGACAGACCAUCCGGAUUAUCAGUGGGUGAAUGGCCUGCAGUGUGUGGAGGUGGGCGAGGUAGAUGUACUGGGGAAGUAUGGGACAUUUGAUUGUUAUGCUGUUGUCUGA